UGACACAAUCAUUUUAGUUCACGAUCGUUUCUUUUUUUGCCAAAUUCUUGUCAGUUCCUAUUAAAAAAAUAUCACACGGCGAUGAGUUCUCAUAGAAAUCGACGUCAGAAACGCCUUCGAUCAUUGAAAAACAGAGAGAACAUUUCCGUAAGUCCAGUUCCAUUGAAGAAACCAAGAUUACUACUCAAUUACACGCUGCUCAUACCCGACGAAAUACUCGUGCACAUUUUCUCAUUCUUAUCCCACCAAGAACUGUUUGAUAGCGUGAAAUGCGUGUGCUCCAGAUGGUUUAGAGUAGUUUGUACGCCCACGUUAUGGAAAACAAUUUCGGCUGAUAAUAGUAUCCCGACAAACAGUUUGUGUGGAUGGUUGGAACACGCUCCUUUACUUAAAAAAGCGUCGUUUUUGAACAGAAAUGAUAUGAACUUUAUUAUCAACAAGAUUUCGAAAUAUACACCUCGAUUGCAAACGAUAAUAGUGAAAAAUUGUUGGGGCAACGAUAAAUCAAACGUUAUCCAAGCGAAAGCUUUGUACAAACUAGUUAAUAAAUGCGAAAGUCUGAACAAUUUUGUGUUUGCAGAAACUAGAAUCAAAUCUACCAAGUUCUUUAAGCUUCUAGCUGCUAGAAAAAAGUACGCCAGGUUUACCAAGUGCUCAUAUUCCGGACCGAUCAGUGAGAAUCAGAUAAAAGCCUUGCUGGAAGCUAUCGCAACUCGGAAACACUACUAUCUGUCGACGCUGGGCGCUGGAUCGAAAACUGGACUAAUUGUUGAUAGUCGCCUUUUCAACGUUGGAGGUACUCCGCCUCAUUUAAUAGUUCGUCAGGUGUGGAGUACCAUAAUGAAAACACAUUUAAACGGAUCAUAGAUAAAUAAACCUCUUCAAGUACCUGACAGCGUAAAUGGUUGUGUAAUCUAUUUAGUAUAAAUAGGAAAUCUAGAGGUAACCUUUUGUUGCAGUUACAGUAACGUUUAGAGUAUUGUGAAAAUUGAAUAAAGGUAUAAUAUUUCA